UCUCUCAUGGCUUCUUCACUGUAAUCUAACAAUUACAGAGAAAAAUAAACAACAACAAUGGAUUCCUUCUCUUCCACAUUCCUCUCACCAUUCUCUCUCUCCACACCAUCACCAUCUCCCCAUCUUCCCCACUCAACUCUCUUCACCAUCACCUCCGUCAGAAUCGAAGAAACACAAUCCCCUGUUACAACAAAACCCAAUCCUCAAUCGCCGCCGCAGGUUAACCAAAACCCACCUUCUAAAACACGAUUAGAUUCUAAACCCAGCCGGCGAAUCCAGUCUUCUGUACCAGGAACAAUACUCAACGCAUUUGAUGAUAUAAUCAACAAAUUCAUCGAUCCACCUAUUCGCCCUUCUGUAGAUCCCAAAUUUGUCCUCGCCGAUAAUUUCUCUCCAGUACUCGAGCUUCCACCAUCCGAAUGCGAGAUCAUUUUCGGUAGCAUUCCAGAGUGUCUAAACGGCGCGUAUAUCAGAAACGGACCAAACCCACAAUUCCUUCCGCGAGGACCGUACCAUUUAUUCGACGGCGAUGGGAUGCUUCACGCAAUUCGAAUCUCAAAAGGCCGUGCAACCCUAUGUAGUCGAUACGUUCGAACGUAUAAAUACUCAAUCGAAAACGAAAUCGGCGGUUCGAUUGUCCCAAACGUCUUCUCCGGUUUCAAUGGUUUAGUUCCAUCUGCUGCAAGAGGAGCUCUGAUCGUCGGUCGUACACUCGCGGGUCAAUUCAACCCGAUUAACGGUGUUGGUGUUGCGAACACAAGCCUAGCUAUGUUCGGCGGUGGAUUAUUCGCGAUGGGCGAAUCAGAUCUUCCGUACGCCGUCAAGAUCUCGCCGGACGGUGAUGUUUUAACCGUCGGCCGUUAUGAUUUUGGAGGGAAGUUAUUCAUGAGUAUGACUGCCCACCCGAAAGUCGACCCGGAAACUAAAGAAGCUUUCGGGUUUCGUUACGGCCCAAUUCCGCCUUUCCUGACGUUUUUCAGGUUCGAUCGUGAUGGAAAUAAACAACCCGACGUGCCUAUCUUCUCCUUGGCGAGUCCGUCUUUACUACACGAUUUCGCCAUCACAAAAAAGUAUGCUGUGUUUUCGGACAUGCAAAUUGGGAUGAACCCGGGCGAGAUGAUAUUCGGGUCAGGAUCCCCUGUCGGGGCGGAUACUGGUAAGGUGUCGAGGGUAGGGAUAAUUCCUAGGUAUGCGAUGGAUGAGUCGGAAAUGAAAUGGUUCGACGUGCCGGGGUUCAAUCCGAUGCAUUCGAUAAACGCGUGGGAAGAGGACGAUGGUCAAUCGGUUAUAUUGGUGGCGCCUAAUAUCUUAUCGGUUGAGCAUACAUUGGAGAGAAUGGAUUUGAUUCACUCGCAUGUCGAGAAGAUUAAGAUUGAUUUAAAAAGUGGGAUUGUUUCUCGGCAACCAAUUGCCACUAGAAACUUGGAUUUCGGGGUCAUCAAUCCCAACUACAUUGCAAAAAAAUCUAGAUAUGUGUAUGCUGCAAUUGGGGAUCCAAUGCCGAAGAUAUCAGGGGUGGUGAAGUUAGACCUAUCACUAUCGGAAACUGACAAGAAGGAUUGCACGGUGGCUAGUCGGAUGUUUGGACCUGGCUGCUAUGGCGGAGAGCCUUUCUUUGUGGCUAAAGAACCAAAUAAUCCGAUAGCAGAUGAAGAUGACGGUUAUGUCAUCACUUAUGUACAUAAUGAAAAUACGGGUGAGUCGAGGUUCUUGGUUAUGGAUGCUCGAUCUUCUGGUCUAGAUGUUGUUGCCGUGGUUAGGCUGCCUCAGCGAGUCCCUUAUGGCUUUCAUGGUCUCUUUGUGAAUGAAAAUGAUCUUAAGAAGCUAUAGAUCUUAGCUAAUAUGUAUAUAUGUGGGAAAUAAAAUGAUAGAUAAGUACAUGUGUAAUAUAUAUUUAAAGAAAUUAGUAAAUAAAUUUUGAAUAUUUCAAACUAUA